UUAAGUGAAAGGCUAGGAAGAGCUCAAAACUCCAUCCACAAAUCUUUCCCUUUCUCUCCCUCAUUCCAAAGACUAAUACCAAUGUAAAGUUAACAAUGUUCAGCUUCCAUUCUGCAAAUUGUCUUCCUCUUGUAUUGCCUUACCAACAUAGGAAUCUUACUUGUUCUACUAAUAUUAAUCCUACUAGUACCAUCUCUUCUUCUUUGUCUCCUCACCGGCAUAACUCAUGUACCGAGGCCCAAACCACACGCCGCUCUAUUCUCCUCGUAUCCACCACCCUCGCUCUCCCUUCGCCACCCUCCUCCGCUGCCAUUGCCAAUGCUCCUCCACUAGACACCACCAUAACCGACCGAGUCUUCUUUGACUUUAGCGUUUGUCCAACCUACUUCCGUACCCCUAACCUAGGCCAGGCACAAAAUGAACCUCUAUGUACCGAUUCAGAAGUCAUGGGCCGUGUUGUGUUGGGCCUCUAUGGGAAAGUUGCUCCGAUCACGGUCUCCAACUUCAAGGCCAUGUGCAUUGGGCCUAUGGGGUACAAGAAUACCUUGGUCCAUAAGAUCCUUCCGGGCCAGUACUUGGUAGCGGGUCGUCAAGGGAGGAAAGAUAAAGGAGAGGUGUCGCUACCACCUUCGGGCUUGGCCCGGAAUACAGAGACAGUAGACUCACGGGCUUUUAUGCUGGAGCAUUCGAGACCCGGUGUUCUUUCGUUAUGCUUGUCGGAGAAUGAUGAUGAAGAUGAGAUUAAACUAGACCCAAAUUACCACAAUGUGGAAUUCUUGAUUACAACUGGACCCGGCCCGUGUCCGGAGCUUGAUGGUAGGAACAUCGUGUUUGGGAGUGUCCUUGAAGGGAUGGAUAUAGUGAGAGAAAUAGCAGCAGCACCAACAUACCAACCAGCAGAAAAGAUAAGGCAAUUGAAUGAUUUGGCAGGAUUUCUUGGAGAUGAAAGAGCCCAAAUUGCUAGAACAUUUUGGAACCGCCCUCUUAAAUCUAUAUAUAUCAGCAAUUGUGGGGAACUCAAAGUUACUAAACCAUCUCUCACUCCUUCCCUACCAUGACUUUCAUACUUGAACGACCAUACUUGGCCUUUUUUACUACAAUGUCAACUUUAAUGUAAAUGUAUGUUGGUCACUCACAGGCAUACUUUAUACUCGUAACCUGUUUAUCUUUCACUAUAAUGUGUUACUGUAAAAUGUAAAUGAAUUUUCAAAUGAACAACUAGAUUGUAAUUGUAUA